AUGGGGCAGAGCUGUGGGUAUAUUAAUUCUGAAGGACUGCAGUGUGGGGCUUUUCCCUGUACAAUCAACUGGGAAGGACUCGGUGCACUAAGGGCUGUGUGUUGUGCUUUGCAGAUCCCAUUCCUGGCAGAGGGCAUCCGCAUUCAUGGUGAGAAGGUGACAGAGGCACUGAGGCCAUUCCAUGAGCGGAUGGAGGCUUGCUUCAGGCAGCUGAAGGACAAAGUUGAGAAGCAGUAUGGUGUCCGAGCUGUGCCUUCCAGCCUAGAUGACAGACGAGGCAGUCGGCCAAGGUCCAUGGUGAGGUCUUUCACGAUGCCAUCGUCUUCCAGACCGCUGUCAGUGGCCUCAGUAUCAUCCAUCUCCUCAGACAGCACUCCUUCUCGGCCGGGCUCAGAUGGGUUUGUGCUUGAGCCCCUCCUGCCAAAAAAGAUGCAUUCCAGAUCUCAAGAUAAAUUGGACAAGGAUGACCUAGAUAAAGAUAAGAAAGAAAAGAAGAAGGAGAAAAGGAACAGCAAGCAUCAGGAAAUAUUUGAUAAAGAAUUUAAGUCUACUGAUAUUUCUCUGCAGCAGUCUGAAGCAGUGAUCCUCUCAGAAACGAUCAGCCCACUGAGACCACAGAGACCAAAAAGCCAGGUCCUCAACGUCAUGUCAAGCGAAAGGCGUUUCUCCGUCUCCCCUUCGCCUUCCAGCUCCCAAGUGACACCACCUCCCAUAACUCCACGGACAAAACUCUCUUUCAGCAUACAGUCCAAUCUGGAGCUGAACGGCAUGUCUGGUGCGGACCUGGCAGACAUCCCUCCUCCUCUGCCUCUCAAAGGAAGCAUGGCCGACUAUGGGAAUCUCAUGGAAAGUCAAGACUUGAUCAGUCCGACAACAUCCCCCCCUGCUCAUCAAAGGGUGAGUCACGGAGACAACGAUUUUCUGCCAUUUUCUUUGCUUUGUUACUUUUAACAGCUCACAAAGUGU